GGUCGAUUCUGCGCUGUCGAAUCCAUCUGUGAAACGUGCCCCGUCGUUCCAGAUGAAUCGGCAUACGGCUCCAGCGACACUACAAGAGAGAACGCGCGACUACCAACGAGAAAGUGGAAACACGGACUGGAACGCUCCCGCGGCCGAAAUUCAGGCUUCGACUUUACCUCCUAUGAGAUUUGCAACGCCGAAACGAGUUCCUAUUCAAGAACAACACAACGCUAUGCUUCUACAGAGCGAAGAGCGUGCUGGUGCUACCCAGGCUAUGGAUCUGGCGACUGCUUCUAUAGGGCGACGUUCUAGUAACGCGGAAAUGUUGCUCACUGAGCUGUUUCGCAAGGCGAUGGAGACAAGUAGCCCCUCUGCGACGAAGCAUAGUACUCUUCGGCAAUGUCAAGCUGAAGGGCCAGAUUCUAUCAAGGCACUCGUAGCAGAGACUGCACACCCAAUGAAUCGGGCGGAGAAGAUCAUGGAGGGAGACUCCCCUCGGGUCAAACUGCCAGCCCCGUCGACGCCUUCAGUGAGGACCUCUCCUAACCCUACACGCAAGUCCCCAACGGCGUGGAUGGAGGAAGAUCACACUAUACGCCAGAGUUACACACCCCCGGGCGCGCGGACGCAAGACCACACUUUACGCCAGAGUUACAUGCUUCCAGCAGCACGGACGGAAGAAGAUUACAUUGCACACCAGGGUCACUUGCCCCCAGCAGCACGGACGACGGAAGAUCACGCUACACCCCAGAACUACAAGCCUCCUCACCAGCGCCUUAAUAAGAACAAGUAUAACACGAUAACUACGCAGAACUUGAAGCCGCAUAUCCACCACGCUCCUUCGCUGAAUAGGCAUUCGAACCCUUGCACGCCGCCUUCUCCAGGUGCAAUUGAGUUACUAGAAAGAAGUGAACGUAUCCGUCAUUUAGAACGACUUCUUUCAAGAGAGCGUGAUCUGCCUAUCAACACCCCCGGGCUUACUAUGCCGUCACCCAAGCCGGCCCAGAUGCUGCAGCCCAUCGGACCGUGGCGAGCUUCUGACGAAAAGGCGUUCCAUGAGCGCGGUGCGAUCAGUCCCGGUGCUAGCACCGAUCAGUCCUUGGAUCUCGUGCGCGUAAUGCAGGCGAUGGGCUUGGACAUCUCUUCAAGGAAAGAUACUUUGGCUUCGCUCGGGAAUGGCAAACCAUCUGGCUGUCUAAGUAUGGUGGAGCAUAACAGCUUCGAUGGCGUGCGAAGGCAGUCAGGUACCACGAUGGAGAAUGCCGUCGUGCGGAAUGACUUUGCACGCGCGGUUCGUUCACAGGGCUGGAGGUCACCACGCGGAGGCGGAGGAUAUAGGAGUGUGAGCGGUGAGUCAUUGGAGACGGACUUACAGUGGACACGCUAUACAUAGAUGACGGCGAAGGUCCUAUGUAAUUACUUUGACUCAUCUUGCGACCUCCAUAAUUGACGCUGGUAAUCUCAC